ACACAGUUCAGAGAAGGAAGGGGUGCUGCGUCACUAGGGAGUUUACUUCUCAGUGUGGAGUUCUUCGCAGAGGAACUUGGAGAGGUCCGUUGUUUGUUGACGGUCUUGAUGUGAAACCUGGAGGCGACCAAAGACAUAGCAACUCAAGAGCCAACCAGGGAAAGGAAGUCCAUCGAUUGUUCGGCGGCUACAGCGACUAUUAAGCUCUAUCUUGAGUCUGAACCCAAUAGCAAAGACUUCUUAGUCAAUUGGUUCCUUCGGAGCUCAUCAUUAGUUACAGCAAAUAACUCGUAUUUUAAAACUUCCCUCAGAGUCCUGUUCCGUUCGGUUCCAAGCUCAAGACUUAAAUAGGAGAGUGUUCCGGAGAGACAAAGGCCACAGUCAGAUCUGCAUCGUCAAGGUUCAAAUUGGACGGAUCAAUAAAAUCUCUUGGGGUCUCUUUGUGAUAGGUGAAGCCGAUUUUUGGACGAAGUUUAGACUACAACCACGAACAAGGAUGAGGCAAUUGCUGUGCAUGGCAUGUCUUGCUGUAGUGUUAACGGAGGUUUGUGGUCAGGGAUUCGAACCAGGAACCUUUCCAAUGGAAGGAUGUAUCCCAGGAUGGUCUAACUUCGGUAAAUACUGUUACAAAUUUUUCAACCGAAGAACGAACUGGCUCCAAGCGCAAAUAGAAUGUAAUAAGUACACUGCUAAGAACGGCACGACCCCGAAAGGCUACCUGAUGACGUCAAAAGACAUGCAACAUAAUCGAUUUCAGCACAACUGGCUUCGUUACACUGGAGGUGGGCUCAACAAAGUAUGGCUUGGACUCUCCGAAAAGACAAACAACAACUACUUCUGGGCUGACGGAACCCCUCUUCUACCAAACCAUUGGAAUAAAUGGAAAGUCGAUCAACCUCAACUAAACGCUCAUAUACAGGCAGUUCAUACAUUCGAUAAUACGGCUGAUAUGACCUGGGUGACGUCAUUCUAUAAGACUGACAUGACCUUUAUCUGUCAGUAUCAAUACAAGGCCUAGGUCAACGGAGUUUCUAUUUGUAAAUGUUUAAUCCAACCUCGUUUAUAGUUGGAAGUAUAUGAUGAAGUUACAGUAACUGUAAACAAAGAAACAUAAAACAAAACGAGUAAGCUUUGUUCAAUAUUGUUUAAAGAAGGUAAAAUAUUUUUGGGGUAACAUUUUGUCCCAUAUUAGACAAAAUGCAUAUUUUAUUUGUAAAUUUCAACAGAACAUUUGGUAAAAUUUACACAGUAUUUGGUAUCGUUUUACCACAGAAACAUAAUCUGUUCGCUUUUUACCCAAUAUUGUAAACACUUUUUAAAGUAACGUACUGGGAUUGGGUUUUCUCAGCUGGGGUAUCCCGAUUAGCCAGUAUAAAAGCACACAAAAUUAGUGCUUCCACCUUUCAUUUUGAAUGUUUCUGAAAUGAACACUGAAAUAUUCAAGUAAUUUCCCGAAAUCCCAUGAUAAUAUCCAAAUGGUUUUCCUCAUUUUUUUUCUUAAUUUGUAGGGAGGUCAUUGUAUGAAAUAAAGACUAAAAAUACCCUUAUAUACAGCCUUAAAAAAACAUUUAAGAGAUUGUCAUCUUUCACAUUGCCUCUGGCCUUUGUUUCUUCUUCUACACCUUUAAAUAAAGGGUAAUUCGUCAAAUCAAACAAGGUCAUUCUAAAAUUGUCAUGUGACAAGCCAAAAAUGCAUUAUUACACUCAUCAAGUCACUAUUAUUAGGUUUUCUCAUAUCAAACAAAAAAGCUAUUUAAGUCCCAAUCAUUUGACAAAACUCAAAAUCUUAAGAUUUUUUAACAAAUGCAUAUUUGCUUUAAGGAUAUUGUUUUCUCAAUAGAUUCAUUUCAGAGACAAACAUAUUUAAAUGCUUAAAAAUAAUACAUAUAUUACGGAAGGGAUACAAUAUGUUCAUCACCUCAUCUAGCGUCUAGAAAGCUUAGUUGUAAUCGUAACUUCUUUCUUGAUCAUGAUCGAACUUUUGCCUUUCAAAACAGUAUAUUAACCUCAAAUUCAUAUGACCAAAACUGUAUAUUUUAAUGAUUCUCAACCGUCUGUAAAUAUCUUUGUUUUGUUGCUUUCAUUUUGUCAGAAAAUUUCAGCACUUUUAUCUGAUAGAAAGUUUUUUUAAUGUUUAUUUCUUUGUUUAUGAUCUUUCAAACCAAUGUCUUAUAGCUUUAUAUUCAUUUGCUUAAAAACUGCAUCUUUUUUUUAUAAUUAUCAAUAUUUUGUAAAUAUAUUUGUUUUUUAUUUGUUAUAGAAGUUUAUAUCUGAUAUGAAGUUUUAUGAGAUUAUUUCUCAUAACUCAUUCGUUGAAGUAUCGAUACAAAAUGUUUUAAUGUGGCCAAACAUUAUAUAGAAUAGAAAAUGCACUUCUUAUUUUGCUUUUUUUUAAUUAGUGUUUCAUGUUUCAAUUUCCCAUUAAUUUUAACUUUAUACCUAAAUACCUAAAGUUUAUUCCAUUUUAUAUUGUUGAUAUGUAAGGAUGGUAGUGUGAUACCGAUCGAUAAAUAGGAUUUUGGCGAAAAUGUACUUUAUUCUCUGGACGGCAUACGAAUAUUUUAUUUUUUGUGAUUGUUACGUUGUCAUGUUAACCCUGUUGUAAUUAACUAUGAAAGGUAUUAUUAGGAGAUCAUGUAGUUAUAUGUGGUUGUAGCAAAUAGUCCUGAAAUAGAAGUCAUGGUCAUUUUUACCUUAAGUGUUGAUUUUUGUACUCAGUUCAUUAUCUUCAUAUAGAGUUUUUGUGCUUAUUCUUAAAGUAUUAUUUUGUAUGAAACUGUUGUGAUUACUAGUAUCUGACUGAUAUUAGUUAUUAUUAUCAUCAUUGUUGUUGUUAUUAUUAUUAUUAUUAACACUAUCAUUAUUAUCAUUGUUAUAAUUACAUGCUAUCAUCAAUGUUAUCAUCAUUCAUAUUUUAUCAUUGUUUUCAUUAUAAGUUUUAUUAUUAAUAUUGUAAAUAUUAUUAUGAUUAUCCCUAAUACUAAUAUUUUGUAACGAUUAUGAUUAUGAUAAUUGUUAUUAUUAUUCAAAUUAUCAUAAUAACCAUCGCCAUAGUUAUUAUUUCAAUUCAAUGCGAUCCAAAUCAUCUUCUUUUCAUUUAUAGUCAUAUUUGUCAUUCAACCGAUAAUCAACCACAGGUCUUUCACUCAUUUAUUAUCGUGUUAUAUAUCUUUAUGUAUUGUACAUUGUGUUUUCUUGGAAUAAGUGGAGUAAGGGCAUGUAGAGUGAAUUCGUUUUCAAAGUUGUGAUAUAUGAACAUGAUUAAUAAAACCUCAUUUAUUCAGACAA